UUCAAUUAACCGAUGAGAAUUUAAUUGUUUCAAUUGUUUAAGAUUAGAUUGAAUCUAUUUUUUUAUUUAUUCAACAGUCGAUUAUUUUAUUCUCAGUGACAAAGAUUCAGUCUGAUUACCAACAAAGUGAAAUAAAACUUGAAGAAAACUGAUCAACAUUAAUUGUGAAUUAAUCAACAACCGAAGGAAUAAUUUCAAAGCUAUUGACAUUUUCCUUUGUCUUCCAUUUUUAAUAUAGAAAAAGGUUUUCGUUUAAGUUCAUUAAAUUAACAAUCGAAUCACCAACUCAACAUAAUCUCUAUCAUCAAAUUUGAUGAUUAUGACCCAUGGAGCCAAUAAAGCUAAUUGACAUUUUAAGUGAAGAAGUCAAAGAAUUGAAAUAUUUUAAUGACAAUUUGAAAAGUCUGAAUGAUACUUUGUCCAAGGAAAUUCAAUCAAUUGAGAAUCGACUUGUAGCUGCUGAACAAGAAAAGACUCAAUUGGAAAGUCAUUGUCGACAUUUACAAGCAAAGAUUGAUAUCAUCAUCGAAGAAAAAGAAGCAGAGAUCCAUGAAUUUAAAGAAAAUUGUGCUCAACAUAUUGAAGCUCAAAAGCGUCUUGACAAAUCUUUAAAUUCCCACAAGAAACAGCUGAAUGAGGUGAAGGAUGUGCUUGUUCAAGCUCGAGAAGAGACGGAACGGAUUCGGAAGGAACUCGAAUUGGCAAGAAAACGUGAAAAGGAGCUACGACAUGAAAUCGGUCAUGUUCAACAUAAUUUGGAAAGUGAAAUAGUGAAAAAUGAAGAGCUGAGAGAAGAGCUUGAAGAUUAUCGCUCUACAAACAAAGCUAUGAAAGAAGAGAUUGAUCACUUGAAGAAGGAAAAGGAAGCAAUUACUCAGAAAAUGGUUCGCAAGGAAAACGAUUAUGAGGAUAUGAAAACAAUCUUAAGUUAUGGUGGUGACUUAAAUUUCUCAAAUCCUCUUCCUGGAGCUGAUGUUUGUUCUGAGAUAUUUGACAAGGAUAAUUUGACCGAAUCAAGAUUAAAUUUAGUUAACUUGAUCCACCCCAUUGAUACAUCAUUAGAACACUUAUCACCAAUUGUGCCUCCAAAUAACAUGUUGAAUCGUUAUCGUCAAUCAGGAUCUCCAAUCACGUCAACUGAAAGAAAACAACCAAUUCGAGUUCGAUUUGACAUUGAUGCUUCUAUGGAUGAAAUUCCUCAAACACCAACAUCAACAACAUUUUCAGCUACUUUAUCAACCAUAGACGAGGAAAAGCCUCAAUUUGGGCCAUUUUGUUUUCUUUUCAUAACUUUUAUUCUAUUUUGUUACACUUUGGUGGUUUAUCCUUUAAAGUACACUUACCAUUACCUUAUUGCCACUAUUCUGUUACCAGGAAUAAAGGUCGAAAGGAUCACAUCAUGUCAAUGAUAAACACCAAAGAUUAAAUCAAAUCAGUGAAUACCGAAAGGCUUAAGAAUAUUGUAAUCGUUUAAUCUUGUCUCAUCACUAAUUUCUAAUUUGAUAAAAUAAUACCGAUGGAAACCCUUGAUUCUUGGAUUCUAAUAAUUUUCUAUUUUUUCUUUUUUCACAUUUAAAUAAAUUCAUUUUGGACUUAAA